GCGGCCAUGGCCCGGUCGGUGGUGCAGGCGUGCCGCAGCCUGGCCCUCUCAACAUGGCUGCUUUCCUUUUGUUUCGUGCAUCUGCUGUGCCUGGACUUCACGGUGGCCGAGAAGGAGGAGUGGUACACCGCCUUCGUGAACAUCACCUACGCCGAGCCCGCGCCCGACGCCGCGCCGGGGCCGGGGCCGGGGCCGGGGCCGGGGCCGGGGCCGGGGCCGGGGGCCGGGCCGGGGGCCGGGGCGGCGGGCGGCGGCGGCCCCGAGCUGCGCAGCGAGCGCUCCGAGUGCGGGCGCUACGGGGAGCACUCGCCCAAGCAGGACGCCCGCGGCCAGGUGGUGAUGGCGAGCGCCGCGCACGACCGCCUGGCCUGCGACCCCGGCACCAGGUUCGCCGCCCCGGGCCGCGGCCGCAGCUGGAUCGCCCUCAUCCCCAAGGGCAACUGCACGUACCGGGACAAGAUCCGCAACGCCUUCCUGCAGAACGCCUCGGCCGUGGUCAUCUUCAACGUGGGCUCCGGCACCAACGACACCGUCACCAUGUCCCACGCAGGCGUAGAAGACAUCGUGGCAAUAAUGAUCCCUGAGCCGAAGGGGAAGGAGAUAGUGAGCCUGCUGGAAAGGAACAUCACGGUGACGAUGUACAUCACCAUCGGGACCCGGAACCUGCAGAAAUACGUGAGCCGCACUUCGGUUGUGUUUGUCUCCAUCUCCUUCAUCGUCCUGAUGAUCAUAUCCCUCGCGUGGCUGGUGUUUUAUUAUAUCCAGAGGUUUCGAUAUGCAAAUGCCCGGGACAGGAAUCAGCGCCGACUGGGAGAUGCAGCAAAGAAAGCGAUCAGCAAGCUCCAGGUCAGAACCAUCAAGAAGGGUGACAAGGAAACAGAGCCCGAUUUUGAUAACUGUGCAGUUUGCAUUGAAGGGUACAAGCCCAAUGAUGUCGUCCGGAUUUUGCCCUGCCGGCAUCUUUUCCACAAAUCCUGUGUUGACCCCUGGCUUCUAGACCAUCGUACCUGUCCCAUGUGCAAGAUGAACAUUCUUAAAGCCCUAGGGAUCCCGCCCAAUGCCGACUGCAUGGACGACCUGCCCACCGACUUCGAGGGGUCCCUGGGAGGCCCACCCACCAACCAGAUCACGGGCGCCAGCGACACGACCGUAAACGAAAGUUCAGUCACUCUGGACCCUGCCGUGCGGACCGUGGGAGCCUUGCAGGUGGUUCCGGACGCGGAGCCCACCCCGCAGGACGGAGAGGUCGUCUUUACCACCAGCGGCGAGCCGGAGCCGGCUGUCAGCAGCGACUCUGACAUCUCGCUGAUCAUGGCAAUGGAAGUCGGGCUGUCGGACGUGGAGCUCUCCACCGACCCAGACUGCGACGAGGCGAAAUCCUGAGCCGGUGACCGUCG